UUUCUGAUUUGAUUUAAGAAAAUGUUCCGUUGUUUUUUAAUCAACACUUUCUUCUGUUGCUUUCUAUAUAGGAGAUACGUGUUUAAUGAUUGGAGAAAUGUCUGUAAAACAUUAAUGAACGUGCCAUCCUUAAUUUUGUUUCGAAAUGUCUAGCACAUUCUUGGUGAUACCCUUGGGAGGCAUUAAUGCAACCUCAACAUUUAACAUUGAGAAACAGAUGAAAGAAUGCAAUUGAAAUAUGUUGUCACACAUGUCCACAUUCACACAGACUGUGACAAGGUUUACCUUCAUUCCCCACUCUACCUUCAAAGAUGAAAGGAAAAAGGAUAAAAGUAAAACAUCACAUCAGGACUAAUUAAUAAGGAAUAAGCCAAAGUUCUAAUAAAAGAAGCCUCAGGUUUAUAGUGUAAUGAUUGAUCAAGUCCAGAAGGAGGCAGCCAUGCCACAUUAUAAAGCCCAACUGUUGGCUGUAUCAAUGAAGAAGUAGGCCACAGCUUUUGCAUGUGGAUCACAUGACGUGUUAAAUUCAGAUUCACUCUAGCAGACAGUUAUGGACACACCCAAGUACUUCACCCCAGCUGAGGUGGCUGCCCACAACACUGCUGAGGACCUUUGGGUGUCAUUUCUGGGCAAAGUGUGCAACCUGACCCCUCUAAUGAACCAGUUCAAAGUAGGUGACGCUCUGCUCCUGCCAAUCAUGGAAUGUGCAGGAAAAGACAUCAGCCACUGGUUUGACCCUGAAACAAAAGACGUCCUGAAACAUGUAGACCCACUGACUAACUGUGUGAGGUACUACACCCCCAGAGGGCGCUUUGUCCACACCCCACCCUCUGGUCCUCACUCAGACUGGGCCGGUGACAUUGGUCAGCCCUGGUGGAAGGAUCAACAAUAUGAGGUGGGGCGGUUGACAACGAAAGCCAGGUGGAUACGAGUUCUCAACACCCUGACAUCGCAGGAGCAGAGGUUACAGGUGUGUUCAGAGGAGACACUGGAUGUGAUCCUCGAGCGCUACCUGCGCUACAACUCCCACGCUCGCAGCUACACCUGGAAAUACAACGCGGCGUGUCUGGACAUGAACAAGACACUGGACGAGAACAAUGUUCCAGAUGACGACAUGGAGCUAGAAGAGCUACGACUGGACCGUGACCUCUUUGUUCCUGCCCUGCUGCUCCACUUUAAUGACGACCUCACUGAGGGAUGAAAAACAACUGACCGAGGUACAAACUUCUUGAUUUAGGAGCGUCCAAAAGAAGAAUGAAACGUCCAAACAUUGUCUUUUCAGCAACAUCCUCAUCGAUCAGAUCACAGACUGACAUGAUGACCAGCUGUGUGAGAACUACAGCAGAAUCAAAACCAUGGGCCUUAUUGACCAAUGACAUUUAAAGAGGAAAGAGGACCAAAACUUUGUGGGAUGAAAUAAUUCACACCAGACCAAUGCAAUACCAGGAUGUGGGGUGAACUGAGAACCAGACCACGGUUUCUAGGUAGAUUGGGUCAAAUCCAGAUUCUUCUGUGGUCCAGGAUUGUUUGUGUUGUAACUAGGGAUAUUAACUUUUACAGUGAAAUGACACAAUGACAACAACAAGAAAAAGUGGCGAUUGUGCAGAAACAACAUUGGGGGGAGGGGAGGGUUGUGCAAGAUGCAAAAACUGUGUAGUAAUGCAGUAUGUUUAAAGAUAUGUAAUGUCUAUGGGGUGGUUGUGAGAGGAGGGAGAGGGAGGUCUGGGAGGGGGUGUCAGGAGGUGUGUGGGGUCCUCUGGAGUUCAACAGUCUCACAGCUUCAGGGAAGAAGCUGUCCGGUGGUCCUGCCUUUGAUGCUCCGCGGACAAACAGCGCAUGUGCGGAGUGGGUGGGGUCCUUCAUGAUGCAGGAGGCCCGUUUCCUGCAUCUGGCGAUGUAGCUGUCCGUGAAGGUGGGUAGGAUCCCACUCAAAUUCCGACAUCGACCAAUUCAACAGUGGGGGCCUGGUGGUUGAGGAAGUUAAGUGUUGCCCGCUCACUAAGGUAAUGGGUUAAAACGAUGUUUGUCAAUUUUAAGAACAGCAGCAGAAAGACAUGGCCCACAUUUGAUUUACUGGGAAGUUCCAAACUAAAUGGGGUCCUGUAAAUUCACUUCAAUAUAAAAACAAUCAUGAUUCAGGUUUCAUUUUUUACCCUAGAAAGCAUCUGUAUCAUAUUUGCUACACAAGGAUCAGAGAAAAAGUGUUCUAUGUUUUCAAAAUUCAAAAAUGUUUGUUUUUAUUUCUGAAAUGAUCAUUGUUGUGACCAAAAAGUUGCCAAAAGCACCCAUUGAUCAAAUGAGAUACAAAAUGAGCAUAUUAACGAAACUAUGUGGCAACAGUUUGUUUUCAUGUUAUUAUGUUGAAUAAACCAAAAGAAAAAAAAA